UUUCCUGACGUUGAGGACAAGGUUCCUGACGUUGAGAACAAGGUUCCUGACGUUGAGGACAAGGUUCCUGACGUUGAAGACAAGGUUCCUGACGUUGAAGACAAAGUUCCUGACGCUGAGGACAAGGUUCGUGACGUUGAGGACAAGGUUUCUGACGUUGAGGACAAGGUUCCUGUCCAUCGUCUGCAUGUGCGUCUGACACACCAUGGGUUCCUAAUAUUCCUGACUCCUUUUCGAAACUUGGUUGAUUUGAACCGCCUUGGCUGUGGCGGACGUUCAGGACAAUUAAGGUUCCUGAGGUGAAGGACAAGGUUCCUGACGUUGAGGACAAGGUUCCUGACGCUGAGGACAAGGUUCCUGACGCUGAGGACAAGGUUCCUGACGCUGAGGACAAGGUUCCUGACGUUGAGGAGACGGUUCCUGACAGUGAGGACAAGGUUCCUGACGUUGAGAAAAAGGUUCCUGACGUUGAGGACAAGGUUCCUGACGUUGAAGACAAGGUUCCUGACGUUGAAGACAAAGUUCCUGACGCUGAGGACAAGGUUCGUGACGUUGAGGACAAGGUUUCUGACGUUGAGGACAAGGUUCCUGUCGUUGAAGAUUAUUCAUCGUCUGCAUGUGCGUCUGACACACCAUGG